GCGUUACAAGCAGGAAACACUCUGAGAGGGGUUAUCUAUGGUGCCGCCGCAGUAAGCUCUGGAGUGCUCUGCCACAAUAUGGCAAAGAAACUAGGUGGCUUCAAACACGUUUGGAACGAGGUGAAUACAAAGCGCACCCAGUACCAAGAAAUACACAUGGGGCUGGAAAGCCUAAAAGAAGUGGUUGGAAGAGAACUAAAGGAAGGUAUUCACCUCAUCGGAACACCCGACUUCUCCGUGCUGUUUAUUUUGGUAAUAUUGGUCGCCUUUUGCGCUGUAAUGUAUGCUUGUUUUACCAGGGUUCGCACAGAGUCUUAUUGAAAUCUUGAAAAAGUCUUGAAAUUUGCAAAGCAAUUUUUCAGAUCUGGCAAAAGUCUGGAAAAAUUGUAAACAGUUUGGAAACUUCUUUCCAAGAAACAAUGAGUGCUUAAUAAGUGGAUUUUUCCCCCUUGCUCAAACCCCAUUGAAUCUUGCCCGUAACCAAGACAUUCAAUCGCAGAAUGAGAAGUUUUAGAACUCUCGUAUUUCCGCAUUGGAUCGUGCAUGGUUACUGUUCUGUAGCGGUACAUCAUUAAAAAAAAGCUUGGUUCUUGCGCUUUUCAAGGUACGUAUCUGUUGCAUGAUAACCUAUUUGGUAAGAUAAGAUUUAAGAUAAUUUAUUAUAUCACUUCAGGAUAUCUCAAAUGAUCAAAAAUAAAACUACUGUAUUUACAAAAUCAUUUAUAAUCACGUAUUGAAAAUUAAAAGAAUUUAAUAUUGUAAGCUAAAAGCUAAAAGUAAGGUAUAAGAAUAUAUACAAAAAGAAAAAGCAAUAAAAAUUAAAACAAGAUAUUUGCAACAUCGAGAUUAGCUAAUAACAUGUAAUAAAUAAUUCACGUGAUCACUUUUGUCUCCAAUUCUAUUAAAGAUUUGUUCCGAUAGUUCCCACAAACCAUUUGAAUCAGGUUUCGAUGAUUUAAAACAAUCGAGACCGGCCUUGAGACGUUGA